AUGACGUCAAGACCAGAACUGGUCACAACGUUCACAGACAGCAACGCCUACGACGUGUGCCGGCUGUCAGGGACAGGCACCAUCCGGCACAAGACAUAUAUAGCAUUCUGCCACCAUCAUCGCGCGCCUACACAGGGCGGUCACGUUAACCGCGUACACCAGAACGAGCAAGGACGUACAGAGGCACAACCGGCGCAUUGUCCAGCAACUACGUUCACAACAAGACAAAGCCAAAACAACAGUACCGCCAGGCAGUUUUCAACUCACCAGUCGUUGUCACAACCACAAGUGAACACAGUCACGCAGGAAGUGGACUUUGAACCUAUCCCUGCAGCAACCAACGUAACCCGAGGACCAGUACAGAACGACACACAGGGCGCUUGGACAUGUCUGAGGACAAUCGAGGGGGGAGGGUAUCUGAGUCAGAUGUCAGCCUGA